AUGAAGCUUUUUCAAUUUUUCGCUGCGUCAACUUUUGCUCAAACGCUUGACAACUCAUUCUGGUCCUGUGACUUCGCUUUUGAUUACUACGCCCUCGAAGCUCAAAACUCCUCGCUGCCAGACGGAGCUCGUUUCAUUUCGAAAGGAACUCCAGCUUCAAAGGAUUCCGUCAACGGUUUCAUGAAAAGCGAAAUCCGUGAUGUGGUCUGCGGCGAAUCUCAGAAUCUUCUGGGCACAAGUCGAAGUGAAACUGAACGAGCAGAGACUCCAUCGUGGUUUUGGAACGAGGCACAAGAAGAUGGCAGUCUUCUGGUUCGAUUUUGCUGCGAGCCAAGUCAGUACUUGGAGCCGAUUGACGAGCUGAAUAGAAUUUUUGCUCUUGGAGGAAAGGCUGGAAAUGAACAACUUGAUGGCUUGUUGAAAAGAAUGAAAACAGACUACAGGAAGAAAGUGGCAAAAGGAUACGCGGAGACUGAUGCUAUUCAUUUCCCAUUCAAUCUCUUCGAAAACGAGUGUGACCAUCUUGCCGAAUUCGCCCGAGUUUUGAAAAACUGGUCCAGCGUUCACAAUUACAAUUACACCAAUCAAAAUGGCCGCCGACACGCAAAAUUUGUCCGAGAAAUCGACGAAGCUUUCCUCCAGUUCGGAUGUUGA